GUUCGCUCAGGAAAGGUGCGGAGGGACAGCGUUUUACGGCGGGACGACCGUAAAGUGAGGCGCGUUUUUCUUUCCGCCUGGUGCAGAAGAGAAGGAAGGGCCUGAAGGGCCGCGUGUGAGAGCGAGGAGGGACAAAUCGGGAGCCAGUGGGUGCCAGCCGCCCCCACCCUCCCAGGUCCUCACUCCGCCCGGCCGUGCGGGGACCCAGCGCCCCCCAGGAUGUUUAAGAAAUUUGAUGAAAAGGAAAAUGUAUCCAACUGCAUCCAGUUAAAAACAUCUGUUAUUAAAGGCAUUAAGAACCAACUGAUAGAUCAGUUUCCUGGUAUUGAGCCAUGGCUAAACCAAAUUAUGCCAAAGAAAGAUCCUGUCAAGAUAGUACGUUGUCACGAACAUAUAGAAAUCCUCACAGUAAAUGGAGAAUUACUGUUCUUCAGGCAAAGAGAAGGACCUUUUUAUCCAACACUGAGAUUACUUCAUAAAUAUCCAUUCAUUCUGCCACAUCAACAGGUUGAUAAAGGAGCCAUUAAAUUUGUACUUAGCGGAGCAAAUAUAAUGUGUCCUGGUCUGACGUCUCCAGGAGCGAAACUUUACCCUGCUGCUGCAGAUACAAUUGUGGCAAUAAUGGCAGAAGGAAAGCAACAUGCGCUGUGCGUUGGAGUCAUGAAGAUGCCAGCAGAAGACAUUGAGAAAGUCAACAAAGGAAUUGGCAUUGAAAAUAUCCAUUAUUUAAAUGAUGGGCUCUGGCAUAUGAAGACGUACAAGUGAAGCGGCUAAACGUGUGCAGCAACUGAGGGAUGCACUUCCAGUAAACGUGGACUACUUUGUAAUUCUUGUUUUUAACGUGUGACUGAAUGUACAAAUUUAUUUUGUUCUGUGACUACGCCAAAUAAAUCAAGUGAAUGCAGAGUU